AUGAGCCACAUAUUGGUGCUUCACUUCACAGUUGUGUUUACUGCUGCUGCUGUCAUUAAUAACAGCACAAAUGGGUCUCAGGCUCACAAGCUGCUCAUUGGCUUCCAGGCUCCCUGGAACAUGUCCUUCCCCUUCAGCGCCCUGCGGCUGGGCUCCGCCAUACAGAUAGCUGUGGAGAAGGUGAACGCAAAUCCCUCCCUCCUGGGGAACUACAGUCUGGAUUUUGUGUACGUGGACACAGACUGUAAUCCCAAAGUUUCCCUGGGAGGGUUCAUUCACCAGGUGUGGAAAGAAAACGUGUCCGCACUCUUUGGUCCAGCGUGUCCCGGAGAGGCCGAGGUCACUGGUCUCAUUGCAUCAACAUGGAACAUCCCCAUGUUCGGGUUUGUGGGACAAUCCUCCAAAAUGGACAACAUCGAUAUCUAUGACUCCUACAUCAAAAUUGUGCCCCCUCUCAAAAGAAGCUCAGAGGUCCUGGUGAAGACACUGCAGUUCUUCGGAUGGACUCAUGUGGCGAUGAUCGGAGGGGGAUUAGACUCAAACACCUGGGACAAAGUGGACGCUUUGUGGAAAACGGUUGAGGAACCACUGAGGGCUAAAUUCAAACUGACUGCCGCGGUCCAGUUUGACACCAGCAAUCCUCAGCUCAUUUAUCAAAAGGUUAAGUACAUCUCAUCAGUCGCCAGAGUGAUUGUGGUGCUCACAAACAGAGAGGACUCCAUAGCUGUGCUGCUGGAGGCUGAGAGACAGGGUCUGAUGAACGGUGACUACGUUUUCUUCCUUGUGCAGCAUUUUGAGGAUAACUUGUGGAAAUAUGCCCUGAACAGCACGAUAAACCACGCUGCUAUGAGAGCUUUUGACAUGGCCUUUAUCAUCGGCCAGAAGUCCUACGAAGGCUACGAGUAUUAUGACUUCUUCGAGCAAGUUUUUGAAAGACUGAAAGGACACCCAUUUAGGAGCAACCUGACGUCUGAAAGGGAGGUGAGCCCCUACUCUGCCUACCUGCAUGACGCGGUGCUUCUUUACGCAAUGGGGCUGAAGGAAGUCCUCAAAGACAGGAAGGAUCCUCGUGAUGGACGGCAGCUGCUACAGAGACUGAAAAAUAAAAGCAACAUUCGAUUUUACGGUGCCUCUGGACUGGUCCACUUUGACGAGGAGGGGGAGAGAAAUCUGGACUAUUCCAUUUAUGACCUGCAGCAUACAGGAGACAUCACCAAGUUUGUGCCCAUUCUGCAUUUUGACAGUCACACCAAAAACGUCCGGCCAACGCCAAUGUUUGCCUCUGUGGUUUGGCCCAAAGGACGACCUCCUUCUGAUAAACCAGAAUGUGGUUUCAACAACGAACUCUGUGAAUGGCUGAUCAAUGAAAUCGCCUUGCUGUCCCUGCUUGUGACCUUCCCCGUCAUCGGUGUCCUUGCAGUUUUGUGCAUCGGGGUCCUCAUCCUGCAGAAGUUUCGACUCCAGACGAGGCUCGACGACUCCUGCUGGUGGCUCAUCAACUACAGCGACAUCACCAUCAUCAGGGAGCCCUCAGGAAUUCAGGCUUUAUCUCUAAGCGCCACGGGCAGUCAGAGUGGGAGCGGGGGCUCUCAGUCCAACUUCUCCAACAACAGCUAUGGACUGAGGGACAAGACAGGCAAAGAACACAUCUACACCACCAUAGGUCUCUACCAGGGGAAUCAAGUGGCCAUCAAGUACAUCAAGAACCAUGUUAGCUGUAAUUUCCAGAAGCCUUCAGUUAUCACAGAGUUCAAUGUGAUGAAAGAGAUGAAACACGAGAACCUGGUGCAGUUCUUUGGUGUGUGCAUCGAGCCACCAAACGUCUGUCUGGUCAUCCAGUACUGCAAGAAAGGCAGUCUGAAGGAUGUUUUAAAGGCUUCAGAUGUUGAGCUGGAUGGGAUGUUUAAGCUCUCUUUUGCUUAUGACAUUGUAAACGGAAUGGAGUUCAUUCACAAAAGUAGCCUGAAAUUUCAUGGGAACCUGAAGCCCAGCACAUGUCUGGUGGACAGUCGACUCCAGAUCAAACUCUCUGGCUUCGGACUGUGGGAGUUUAAAAACAAGAUCACCUCUCUGGAAAACCCCAAAUAUGAAGAGAUGUACUGGACAGCCCCCGAGCUCCUGAGAAAAGUCGGUGUCCCCACCACUGGGACGCCCAAAGGUGAUGUCUACAGCUUUGCCAUCAUCAUGUGGGAGCUCAUGUACAACUCUAAGACAGGCCCAUACUGUGACAUCAACCUGGAGCCCAAAGAGGUUAUUAUGCAGUUGCGGACGCCUUUCCAAGGGGAACUCCUUCGACCGGGGCUGUCUGACCUGCUGUGUGAUGAGAACAUCAACUCCCUGCUGAGGGCCUGCUGGAGUGAAAACCCUGACCACCGACCACCGUGUGGGUCAAUACGGAGACAGCUGAGGGACACCAGCCCAGACAGUCAUGCAAAUAUACUGGAUAAUAUGGUGGAUAAGUUGGAGAAAUAUGCAAAUCACUUGGAGGAUGUGGUGGAGGAGAGGACCAAUCAGCUCACAGCAGAGAAGGCCCGUGCGGACAAGCUUCUCUCCAGCAUGUUACCAAGGUACAUCGCAGAUCAGCUGAUGGCAGGGAAGUCGGUGGAGCCGCGAAGCUACGACAUGGUGACCAUUUUCUUCUCCGACAUCGUGGGUUUCACCUCCAUGUGCUCUGUCAGCUCAGCGAUGGAGGUGGUCACGUUCCUCAACGACCUCUACAGCCUCUUUGACGACAUAAUCAAGAUGUACGAUGUCUACAAAGUGGAAACAAUCGGUGAUGCAUAUAUGGUAGCCAGUGGUCUGCCUAUCAGCAAUGGCAAUAAGCACGCUUUGGAGAUAUCCACCAUGGCUCUGCAUUUCCUGAGCGCCAUUAAGAUCUUCAAAAUCCGCCAUAUGCCUACUGAGAGUCUUGCGAUUCGCAUUGGGAUACACUCUGGUCCAGUGGUUGCUGGAGUGGUAGGAACCACUAUGCCUCGCUACUGUCUGUUUGGAGACACGGUGAACAUGGCUUCUCGGAUGGAAAGUAACAGCCUACCCCUGAAGAUUCACAUAUCUCAGAGCACUGCAGACAUUCUUUUCCAGGAUGGAUCAUUUGAGCUGGAGGAAAGAGGAGAAAUCGAAAUGAAGGGUAAAGGGUAUCAUAAGACCUACUGGUUGCUGGGCAAAAAUGUAUUUAAUCCUCCUCUUAUUAUUCACAACUCUCCACCAGCUGACUGUCUCAGACCACAUACGGAGAAACCAGGAGUGGCCAGAGCGUCAGAGAAAAAGGCCCAGAAAACCCUGACCAAAGCUCACAUUAUAGACCCCAUGAUUACUGCAGUGAACAUUUAA